UACGUCCUAAGUUUACUUUAACGACUUUCGAGGAUUCACGAAUCCAGGGCCAAGAAAGCAUAAGCCUGUAUCAAUUCAGCAGCCGCCAUUUUGGUCUUAUUUUACAGCAACGGCGAAGCUCUCGACCCUUCACUCCGCGUUUUCACGACCCUCAAACCUUCCCACGAUCCCGCCACUACCAGUCUCCAGAUGUCCUCAGAAGCAGCGCCCAUCUCACCCGCGCGAUUUGCGGCCGCGCUGCGCGACCUGCCCAUCUCCUCUCUUCACCUCAAAGCCGCCGAGCUCCGCAACUCGAUCGCGCACCUGGACUACUCCAAUGAACAAUUGAAGCCCUUCGCUGAAGGCACGGCGCCAGAGCAGACAGGCCCGGAUCCGGAUUGUGUGGAGGCGAUCAAGGAGAAUGAGGUUGUGAUUCAGAGGAUGUUGGAGCGGAUUGAGUUGCUGAAGGCAGAGGUUGAGAGCAGGGGAGCUGUUUGGCUGGAUUUAAGUGAUCCUGACGCGGCGAGACAGCUGGAGGGGGAAGAGACUGAGGCGGGUUCGGAGGCGCUGGUUGGGGAGUCUAGUGGGGUGGGUUCAGAUGGAAGGAGUGAAGCAUGGCGAGAUGGGACAUUCACGACAGGACGGAUUGUGGGCGGAGAAGUGGUAAUGGAUGAUGUGAAUGUCAAUGGAACAGCAACGAAUGGGACGCGCGCCGGGGGAAGGCUAGAUGAUGAGUCCUUAAGGAGGGCGAUGGAAGAGAGGAUGAACGUUUUGGCAGAUUCGGGAGAUGAGGACGAGGGUCUGCAUUUAUAAGAUGUUUAGGGAAGGAGACGUCAAGAUGUCAAAAAUUUUGGUUGAUGCAUUGUUGGCGUUUGAUACCAAGGGCUAGGCGGUUAAAAAAUGCAUGAGGGUUUCUCGUACAAGGUUCUACUCAUUGGACUCAUUUGACUCAUUGGAAACG